AUGGAGCUUUUGGGCUGCAUGGAAGCAACAGUGGCCCUGCUCUACCGAGAUGUGGACCAUGGCUCCAUUGCCCACUUUGAGCUUCUCUCUAGCAAGGACUGGUCCCUGGAUUCGACCCCAGCCAAACCUGUAACCCUGGGCCUCUUCUCCAUGGGUGCUCAGGGACAUAAGAAACGAGCAGGGAAGGACACGCUGGCAGUCUCCACAGCCUGGCAGCUGCUCUGUGCUCUACCCCAGGAUGUGCUUUGUACCAUGGAACGGAAACUGGCCACCCUGCUCUCUGCCAGUCCUGCCAGCCGUGGCUCCCGUGACCAAGGCCAGCAGUCCUGCGGCAGAGAACACAGGAUCGACACGUGCUGGAAAAACCACACCCUAGGCUCUGAGUUUAUCAUCUUGGGCUUUGGAGACCUGGCCCAGCUGCAAAUCCCCCUUUUUGGACUCUUUCUAAUCCUGCAUCUUGUCACCCUAGCGGGGCACAUGACUAUUGUGCUCGUCACCCUCACGAACUCCUGUCUCCAGACCCCCAUGUAUUUCUUCCUUCGAAACCUGUCCACCAUUCAAAUUGGCUAUGUACUGUUUAUUGUCCCCGACAUGCUGGUCAACUUCCUGUCCGGGAACCAGCGGAUGCCCUUCCUGGGCUGUGCUCUGCAGAUGCACCUCUUCGUCGCCCUGGGUGGGGCAGAGUGUUUCCUCCUGGCCGCCAUGGCCUAUGACCUCUUCGUGGCCGUCUGCCACCCACUGCGCUACACACUCAUUAUCACCAGGACCGUGUGCCUGCACAUGCUGUCUCUGGCAUGUGUCGGCGGCUUUGCCCUCUCACUCUCCCUCACCACGCUGAUAUUCCUCCGGCCCUUCUGCCAGUCCCGUGAGGUCGACCAUUUCUUCUGCAACAUCCCUGCGGUGCUAUUCCUGGCCUGCGCAGACACGCGAGCCAACGAGAUGGCAUUCUUCCUCGUCUGCACGCUCGUCCUGCUGCUGCCGUCCAUGCUCAUCCUGCUGUCCUACGGAUUCAUUAUCAGCGCCGUCCUCAGCAUCCACUUUGCAGAGGGCAGGAGCAAAGCCUUCUCCACCUGUGCUGGGCACCUGCUGGUCUCUCUCCUGCACUAUGGCUGUGCGAUAUUCACCUACAUUCGCCCCAAGUCAUGCUACACCCCAAGACAGGAGAAAAUCGUGUCCUUGACCUACACCAACGUCACCGCCAUGCUCUACCCUGUGAUCUACAGCCUGAGGAACAAGGAAGUCAAGGGAGCCCUCAGGAGCCUCCUGGGGUGCCACAGCGGCUGA